AUGGCUCAACAACCAGAAUCGCCCAGAUUAUCUUUACCCAAAAAUCAAGCUAUGAUUCAGAAUCAUAGAAUUCAGCGAGAGGUUGAUAAUAUUAGAUGGUAUUUUCAAAGCCUAACUACAAUAACACCUACAUUAAAUGAUAUUGUAAAUUAUCUUAAUAUAUUUUCUGAUGCUGAUAAUAGGCUUGAACGAUUAGUACUAAAAAUAUACCCAUGGGCAAAUGCUCGUGCAAUUAAUGCUGAAAACCAAAUAGCUGAUUCACAAACCCAGUUAGCCACGCUUCAAAAUGAUUAUGAUCUUCUUUAUCAAGCUUAUAGAGUCCACAAACUUAAUUAUUACUUAUUAAAAGCAACUUGUAUAGAAAAAAAUAAGCGUAUAUCAGAGCUACUUCAAGAAAAAUUUCUAUUACGCCUUUUAAAUAGACAAUUUCAGAUUCAAGCCCAGCAAAAUAGCUAG